AUGGAGGCGGGAAUCCUGAAAGAGCUGAGAGCUUGCGGAGGGAAGGGUUCGAACUGUUGUGAAGAGCCAAGAUGUCGGAAAGUGCUAAAUAAAUACUACCCGCCAGACUUUGAUCCGUCGAAGAUCCCGAAGCUUAAACUUCCAAAGGUCCGGCAAUAUGUGGUGCGGCUGAUGGCUCCCUUCAACAUGCGGUGCAAGAAGUGCGGAGAAUAUAUCUACAAGGGCAAGAAGUUCAAUGCCCGGAAGGAGAUGGUUCCUAACUGGCUCUUCAUCUUCCGUUUCUACAUCAGGUGCACCCGCUGCCUUGCAGAAAUCACCUUCAAGACAGACCCCGAGAACACGGACUACGCCAUGGAGCAAGGGGCCACGCGGAACUUGCAAGCGGAGAAGCUGCUGGAGGAGGAGGAGGAGAAGCGGCUGCAGAAGGCAAGAGAAGACGAAGAGCUCAGCAACCCCAUGAAGGUUUUGGAGAACAGAACCACAGACUCCAAGCUGGAGAUGGAGGUCCUGGAGAACUUGAAGGAGCUGAACCAGCACCAGGCCGGUGUGGAUUCUGAAUCCAUGCUGCAGCGGUACAAGGAUUACGAGGAAGAGCAGAAGCGGCUGGCGAUGGAGGAGGACGAGAGGGUGAUGGGAGCCAUGCUGGAGCAAGCCCUGGCUCGGCUGCUGUUGCAGGACUCGGAUUCCGACGAAGACCCUGCUGUGGCCCCUGCAAAGACGUUAACGAAAGCAAAACCUACGGACAUCUUGCAGGAGGAUUCAGAGCCCCGGGCCAAAAAGCUGAAGGUGGGAUGCUGGGAGAGGAGCAGAGGCAAGCUGCCCAGCAAAACCGCACUCUCGGGACUUGGUGGCGGCAAAGAGGAAGCUGGAUCACAGCACCACCAAUGGAGCCAGGGCUCAGGAUGGCCGCCGGUGGGCUCAGGGGCUGGGAGUCAGAGCAUAGAGGCCAGCGAUGCUUCACUGCUUUCGAAGUCACGAACGCCCAGCUCUUCUUCGCUGAGCCUCCUGGGAGCCUACUCAGACAGCGAGGACAGUAAGAGUGAUUAG